AGGCGGAGGACGGGCCGCGGGGGGGAGGACGGGCGGGGCUGGCGGCCUUACCCCGGCCUGGGCGGAGCCGCCCCCGCCCUCCUUCCCGCGCGCCCCAGGCUCCCCCGGCCCGUGGCGCGCGCCCUUUCUCCUAGAGCGUCCCGGAGAGCCCAGUGCGCCGCGCCGCGUCCUGUCGCGUCUGUCCCCGCGGGUCGCCGCUCGUUGUCGCCGCGCCAUGACCACUCAGCAAAUAGUGCUCCAGGGCCCGGGGCCCUGGGGCUUCCGCCUCGUGGGGGGCAAGGACUUCGAGCAGCCUCUCGCCAUUUCCCGGGUCACUCCAGGAAGCAAGGCUGCUAUAGCGAAUUUAUGUACUGGAGAUAUAAUCACAGCCAUUGAUGGGGAAAAUACCAACAAUAUGACGCACUUGGAAGCUCAGAACAAAAUCAAGGGCUGCAUAGACAACAUGACUCUCACGGUAUCCAGAUCUGAACAUAAAGUCUGGUCUCCUCUGGUGACAGAGGAAGGGAAACGUCAUCCGUACAAGAUGAACUUAGCCUCUGAGCCACAAGAGGUCCUGCACAUAGGAAGUGCCCACAAUCGGAGUGCCAUGCCCUUCACCGCCUCACCUGCCUCCAGCUCUGCCCCCAGGGUCAUCACAAACCAGUACAACAACCCCUCUGGUCUCUAUUCCUCUGAAAAUAUCUCCAACUUCAACAACGCCUUGGAGUCAAAGACAGCAGCCAGUGGACCAGAGACAAAUGGCAGAGUCUUAGAGCAUCCUCAGCCUCCAAGUGGACUCGUCAUUGACAAGGAAUCUGAAGUUUACAAGAUGCUGCAGGAGAAACAGGAAUUAAAUGAGCCCCCGAAACAGUCCACUUCAUUCCUGGUUUUGCAGGAAAUCCUGGAGUCUGAGGAGAAAGGGGAUCCCAACAAGCCCUCAGGAUUCAGAAGUGUGAAGGCUCCAGUCACCAAAGUGGCCGCAUCUGUUGGAAAUGCCCAGAAAUUGCCCAUGUGUGACAAAUGUGGCACUGGUAUUGUUGGUGUGUUUGUGAAGCUGCGGGACCAUCACCGCCACCCUGAGUGUUACGUGUGCACCGACUGUGGCACAAACCUGAAACAGAAGGGCCAUUUCUUUGUGGAAGAUCAAAUCUACUGUGAAAAGCACGCCCGAGAGCGGGUCACACCACCCGAAGGCUACGACGUGGUCACCGUGUUCCCCAAGUGAACCAGCAGAUCUGCACCCAACACUAAUUCUCCAACCAGCCCCUGUUGUAACUUGUUCUCUGAAUGCUCUGGCCCUCUCCUCUCUUGGAAGUGCUUGCUUCCUUUGGUUUUAUCCCUGCUCAUGAAAUGUCGCUUCCCCCACCUUUGCUAACUGACUCACACUGGUGUAUGAUGCCGGCUUUUAUAACUAAUGGGAAAUUGUUCCGUUCAGUGUCCCCAUGCGAGCAUCAUGGUGUCUUCUCUCCUCAGUUCAUCUCUGCUGCAAAUGGACAUCAGCCAACUUUGAACCAAACCGAAUUUAAUGUCUGACAUUGAUUUUGUUUUUAUCCAAUAAAUUUAUAAACUAA